UAUAUAUAUGUUAAUAUAAGUAUCUAUAAUUCAUCAUGAAAUUUUACUUCCCUUUUGAAUAAUCUAGAAUGUUUUUUAUGUUUUUUGAUUUGGUUUAAAUAUGGACAUAUUUUAAGAGUGUAAAUUUAUUAAACAAGGACUGCUACGUUUACUUAACGAAAAAAGAAACAAUUUAAAAACCGUCGACGGGAUGACCGACGAUGGCGAUUACAUGGAUAUGGAUUUCGCACGUCGGAAACUGGCAGCUGUUGAAGAUGAAAAUCCACCUAAAGUGGUUACCAAGAUGGAAGAAAAUGAAGAAGCCUGGAGUCCACCAUUACUUCCACCGAGACCACCGAAAGACCGUUAUCGUCGCAGAUCUUCGAGCCCCGUACGGGUUAUAAAUGAUACCCUUCGUGAACCUCGGCGAAGGUCGCCUCGUCCAUCUCCAACGCGCAUUGGUAGAUUGUUUGAAGAAUCAUCAAUAAUUACAUUAAGGCGUGUAGUUGUGAAAGGCCUUAACGAAGGUGUUGAUUUUGAUAUAUUCAAAUCAUUCUUUGAAGACGAAUUUCCACUUGAAUCAGGUGAUAUAACAUUCAUGAAGAGGUGCGACCUUACACACGCUAUCAUCAUCGAAUUUCAAACACUCGAAGCUUCUCAGUCCGUACUUACGAAAUCACGAUCAGGAAAAAUCCGAUAUUACGUUUUUGAAGAAUUCAUUACGAUAGAACCGUGUCCAGAACUAUUGACCAGUGACAUUCACACUGCAUCUUCUGCGAUGAAGGGAAGCGGAACGACUACCUUAUCAAAAGCCUGGAGUCCACCAUUACUCCCACCGAGACCACCGAAAGACCGUUAUCGUCGCAGAUCUUCGAGCCCCGUACGGGUUAUAAAAGGUACCCUUCGUGAAUCUCGGCGAAGGUCGCCUCGUCCAUCUCCAACGCGCAUUGGUAGAUUGUUUGAAGAAUCAUCAAUCAUUGCAUUAAGGCGUGUAGUUGUGAAAGGCCUUAACGAAGGUGUUGAUCUUGAUAUAGUCAAAUCAUUCUUUGAAGACGAAUUUCCACUUGAAUCAGGUGAUAUAACAUUCAUGAAUAGGUGCGACCUUACAUACGUUAUCAUCAUUGAAUUUCAAACACUCGAAGCUUCUCAGUCUAUACUCACGAAAGCACGAUCAGGGACAACCCGAUAUUACAUUUCUAAAGAUUUCAUUACGAUAGAACCGUGUCCAGAAAAAGACAAAAAGUGUCUUCUGGUCAAUUGUAUCGAUGUUUGCACAACAAAAGCGGAUAUUGCUGAAUAUCUUCAUGACCACUGUGCCAUUGCCAGAGAGACAAUAAAGAGUAUUCAGUUCGGUACAAAAGAAGAAGCUGCAGUUAUUCAGUUUGAUUCACCAAGACCAGAUAUCGGAACCAUUCGGAAACGAUUGAGUAAAAGGCCAUUCAGAGGGAAAUUGUUGAGAUUUGAUGAGGUGGAUACAUGUAGAAGCAUUAUUGUUCAAAACGGAGAUCCAGGUCUGUCAGAGGAUGCCAUCGUAUCAUACUUCUCAAGAAUGGGCCUUAGUAGUGGCGGAGAAAUAGACACAGUCCAUAUUUUCCUUCCCCUGAAUGCAUAUGUUGUUGUCUUUCGAUUUGCUGAAGUUGCUCAACGUGUUUUAGCACAAAUUCCGCAUAUUAUAUAUGCAAAAGAACUAACCGUUGAGCCAUUCUUUGCAACUCUUCAAGCAACAUCCAUUAAUGAGAUCACUACUCAAGAGCCUCUUAUUUUCAACGAUUUGGACGGAAACAUCAUUAGAUUUGUACGAAAAUCAGAAGAAUAUCGCAAUGAUUUGGAAUGUAAAAUAGAAACAAUCAAUGGGACGGUGGUUUGGCCGUGCGAAUCGUAUUCUGAUGGAAACGACGAAAGUGAAACACACCUGAAAGUUAUUUGUACAAUUGAUCCGAGCAAAUUGCCUGUUAAAUCUCUUAAAGUGAGUCUUAAAAACUGGCAGCAGAUUUGUUCAAGAAACAUUCAACUCUUUUUCGAACAAUUUGAGACGACGAGAAAAAUUUUGGUCGCUGCCCAGGUCUGGAGCACCUUAACUCAAUACAUUGACACAACUGACGCCUCAAAUUGGAGAUACCGAGUUGCGUUAAGAAAUAGCCAGUUUUUCAGCGUGAGAAUAGUCGGACGAAAGGAAUUUACAAAAGACUUGUACGCCAUCAUUGCACUGAAGGCGGAUGAACUCGAAAAGGAUUUUGUCGCUUCACAUAAGACACAUGGUGUACAAAAAGUUAUCCAACUCAAUUCCAACGAAAUGUUUCUUCUUCGGAAUUCAAUAGCACUCGAUGAAAUAGGAAAGCGAGUGUCUACCGUUGUGAUAAAACCGUUAGGCACAGAUGGCCUUGAACUUUCGGGUCGAAUUGAUUCGAUCGAAGAAGUACUAGAUGAAAUACAAUGCAGUUUAAACAGUUAUUCGAGGGAAGUGCUUAAUAGCGCUAAACAUGGAAUAACUUAUAAGACUCUUGACCUACUAAAGACUCCGGAAACUAAGGCCUACAUCACCGAUAAAAUCGAUGAAAAAAUAGGAGGAAAUUCGAAAGCUUGCUACGGUCUAGACAUCGACAAAAACGUUGAGGUUUGGGCUACUGAUAAAGAAUCUCUUAAGAAGGCCAUCGUAAUCAUUAGAGAUUCAAUCGAGGAAAAAGAACUCAAAUCACUAACUCCACGACAUCGAGCUAUGCUAUUUGGAAAUGACGGUGAUAUUUUGUUUACCAGUUUGCAGCUGAAACAUAUGGGUCUUUUUAUUAGUUACAAAAACAAAAAUGGAUGGAUUAGUUUUGUCACCGUUGAUUCUUUGAUUGAGGAGUUGGAAGAGAUGAUAUCCCUGUUUAUAGACAACCAUGAAAUAAUUUCGGAAUUCAUCGAGGUUGGCAGUGGUCGUUUAGCCUACCUUUUGACGUAUAAAGCAAACGAGCUUGAAGCAAUUGAAGACGAAUACCGACAAAAAGGUGUUGAGAUAACAGUUAUAGAAGGGAUGAAGAAUGGCUUUUCCAUUAAAGGAGAAAAACAAUAUUGUCGGGAAGUAGGUUGGAGGCUACAUCUGAUGGUUGACAUUAUUAUUGAAAGAAGUCAUGGACUAAAAUGGGAUGGUUUCCAUGAAUGCCUUAAGGGAAACAAAGGACCCACCGUUCAGUCAAAGAUUUCAACGAUAGGGUUUGAAAACAAAUGCGUGCUUAAGAUAUUGCCAAAUAAAAGAGACAGGCUAAUGAACGCUAGCGCCAGUUUGAUCGAUACGAAGUUUGUCACCACAAUUGGGAGUCUAAACAAGUCUUUGUACUUGGUUGCGGGUGAUAUUACCGACCUUGAUGUUGACAUUGCUGUCGUCCCAUCACAUUCAAACCUCGAGCUUUCCGGUGGUGUCGGGCGAGUAGUAGGAGCUAAAGGAGGUUUUGAAAUUCAAAAAGAAUGUUGUGACAUAGUUAAAGCCAAAAAUGGCCGUGUGUCAUCAGGGGAUGUGUUUGUCACAACUAGUGGAAACCUUUCUGUGAAAGGUUUACUGCACGCUGUCACCCCGUACAAUGAUGAUUUCGAACAAGAUGCUGAAGGAAUUCUGGCGAGUUUGGUCGACCAAUGUAUUUCAAAGGCUUCAGCACUUGGAUGGAAGUCUAUAGUGUUUCCGUUGGUCGGAAGUGGUCAUUUCAACUUUGCUUGUGAUGCAGUUGCAGAGAUUCUUCUCACGAAUAUUAUUACGUUUCUAAAAGAGGAAAAUAACACCGUUUUAGAAAGAGUUUACAUUUGUGAUUUGGACGAAGCAAAGCUCAAGAAUGUCAUAAUGCUAGCUAAAAAAAUGUUAGAUAGCAAGGACAACGAUGAUUCAGGUGAAAUUCCAACAAACCGUCAAUGUGGGAAGUCUAUAAAAUGUGAUGUCACAAUGGAGCCUCUAGCCGAACUGCAGGCGGACGUUUUUGUGAAUGCAGCUACCCAGGAUAUUAAUCUUCGGGUAGGUGCUCUUGGGAGGGCUAUUUUAGAUGUUGCUGGAGAUGAGGUUUUGGACGAUAUCAAACACGCUUAUCCUGUUGGUGUUCGAUAUGGCGAAGUAGCUAUUUCUAACACUGGGCGAAUGAAAGACCGCGUUAAGGAAUUUUUCCAUGGACAGAUCCCUAAUUGGAGUCCGAACCAUGGAUUUGCAGAAAUCGUCUUAUCCAACUUUGUGACUGAGUGUCUACAGGAGGCCAGUCGGCGUAGUCAUCGUUCAGUUGCAUUCCCCGCGCUCGGAUGUGGCAAGAGAGGAUACCCACCUGACGUUGUAGUGACAACUAUGCUUCGUGCAAUUACCGAAUUUUCAAGGAAAGCUCCAAGAACUACAGUUGAUCUUGUGAAAUUUGUUAUUCCUCAAAAUAGUACAGAUCUUUUCAAGGUGUUUAAUGAGUUUGUAUCUGAAAACAAAUGUAUUGAAACGAGAAGCUUUGUCAGAGAAUACUUUGAUCGUUGCCGGUCAUUCAAGGACCUAUUUCUUCAAAGAGAAAGUCCCCAGAUUCAAGUAGGUCCUGUGUCUAUUAAGUUGGCCCUUGGAAACAUAACCAUGGAGAGCGCACACGCAAUUGUUAAUUCAACAAAUGUCGCCUUGGAUUUAAAGCUUGGUCGUGUGUCAUCUAUGCUUCUAUUUACCGCAGGAAAGGUCAUUCAGCUUGAAUGCAACACUGACGAGAAGAAAAAACAAGCCCAGGAAAAUAAAAUAGUUACAACAGGCCCAGGGAGACUAUUAUGCAAGAAAAUCCUGCACUUGGUCGCCGGAAAAAACAUUGACCAGUGGAGAAAAUGCGUGAAACGUUGUCUCCGGACGGCGGAAGCGGAGAAUCUGCCAACUGUAUCGUUUCCUGCAAUUGGAACAGGUCAAUGUGGACAAUCUGCCAAGAACAUUGCCGACGCGUUGGCAACAACUGUGAAGCAGUAUGUUGAAAGCACUAAAUAUAGGGGCGUCCUCAGAGCCAUUAGAAUUGUCAUCUUUGAUCAGGAAGUGUUAGACGUGUUUAGAACAACCAUCAACAAGCGGCUCUUUGCCAAACGGAGGGAGUCGAGGAAUUCUAAAUUCUUCAUGAGAGGGACAGAAGAAAGUUUUGAACGUGAAACUGAUGUCAACUUCCACAUAUUUGCUGAGACAGCGAAAGAAACACAACGAGUCAUUCAGGAACUUCAUUCCUUGAAGACGGAGGAGAAGAUCGCUUUUCCAUCGUCGGUUGUAAGCCGUCUUUCAGAAUCACAGGAACACGCAGUUACAGAUAUAGGAAAACGUAGAAGGACGGUUAUAGUUGGUAUAGACAGGAAGGAUGGAUGCAUUGCCGUGACUGGCCUUGACAGUGAUGUUGCACAGACCAAACUAGAAAUAGAAAGAUAUCUGGCAAACAAUUCAAAGGUUGCACUUCCAGACCAUUGGAACAUGAAUGUAUCCGAAUCUCCAAAACUGGUUGAGCUGCAAAAAGAUGACUCCGAAUACAAGAUGGUACAGAGUCUUUGUGAUCAGAUGCUUCAUUCUGGUACAUAUGUCAAGAUUGAGCGCGUCCAGAAUCCUUUGCUGUACAUACAGUUUGAAGAACGAAAACGUGAAAUGACGCCAAAAAAAAGUUGCAGAAGUCGAACGAGCUCUUUAUGGUAUGGUGGAAAAAGUGCUGAAGAUGCCUCGUAUAUUUCAAAUCAUGGAUUCGGCAGGCUUUGUGGAACAAGCUCUUCAUACGGAACGGGAGUACAUUUUACCAAACACGCCCGCACUGCGUAUGAUGAUUUCUGCAGCCAGGAUCUCACAGGAGUGAAGGUUUUGAUGCUUGUAGAUGUGCUCGUCAGCGAUCGAUCCUCAAUUGACUUAGAUGUAGUUCAAAUAACGGAGUCGAACCAGGCAUAUCCAAAAUUUAUCGUUUGGUUUAAGCAACAGUUUUAAACGAAAGAAAUUCUGGGCAGUGGUCUUAUCGCACCCUUUAAGUAUUUAUUUGCAAAUAUGAUGUAAAUGUUAUGUCAUGUUAAAAUAUUUUUUUUAGUCAAAGAUUGCAAAAAUGUUACUGAUUUGUCAAUAGUUUUCCAAUUAUUUCUAUAAACCAAUCAAAUCAUUUAAAAUUGCACCUAACCAAAAUAUAACCUGGUGACAACUAAUCAAAGUGUUAAAUUGUCGUUUUGAAGAUGUGUCCAUUUUAGUCCUUAAAAACCACUCUUUAAGGUCGCUUUGUCAUUUUUAAAGGCUAUAAUCUGUUUUAAACACAGAAAAGCAAUUAGCAUACAGCUAAUUAUUUAAUAUGUACCAUUUCUUCAGUUUACUUUUAAUACAAACUGAGUUUUUGUACAUGUAUUUAUUUAUUUGAAAUUUCAGCCCACUCUCACAUCCAAAUCAAACAUCAAGCGCGUACAUGACUGAAACACAAUUUAAGCGACAUCAUUUCCGAAAUGACGUUACGUUUGCAAACACUUCAGCACGCAUUUUAAAAAUAUAUAUAUUAUAUCCCUUUUAGGUACAUAAUAAACAAGUUUUUGGUUCAAUGUAGGAUCGCAUUUUUUUUUUAUCUCAUUAACAAAAAGUAAAUAUUUGAAAUAUAGAUUUUGGUACUCUCUUGAUAUCUUACACGGGAAGCCUUUUCUUAUGUCAUGGCUUGCGUGUAAGACUUUUCAUCAACAUUAAAAGAAAGGAAUCCAUUCACCCAAGUUCAUAUUUCAAUAAUAAUUCUGUUACUUGAUAAAUUGUUCUUAAAACUCCUUUUGCAACUUUUAAAACAUGCUCGAGUAGCUUCAAAUAGAACUUGAAUUUGAAGAAUUCAACCAUGAUAUAGAGUUCCCAUUUGUACACUUUUCCCUUUUUAUGUUUCGGUAUUUUUUGUCUGUUUCUGCUUACUGUAUCUAUUUAAACACUCUAAUGGAUGUUUUUAUUAUGAAUAUAUGAGCAAUUUGAACACAUUGUCUGGAAUCCAAAUAGAUGACUUGUCAGUAAUGUCUUUCAGUGUUGUCCGUAAAGUAUGUCCUAUGAAAUGAAGACAUAUUAUAUUCCAAAAAUGUAUAGUUUGGUAAUCGAGUCAUUUAUUGCGUGAAUUUUGUCGCAAUUAUUAAAAAUCUUCAAGCUUGAUGAGCUGUCUAAAUCAGCUCUAUGCAAACCGUUUUAUGCAGAAAGCAUUUCAUUUAUGUAUAGUUAUUCAAUUAUAAACAUUUUGCACACAUAGUAUUGUCAUAAAUUGUUCAUGUGUAAAGGCCAAAUGUAAGUUUGAUAGCUAUGCAAAGAAGUAAUUGCCGUAUUAUUCUCAUGUAUAUUGCAUCAAUUUUUCACAUGUUAGUAAGAUAACUAUACAAACAAAUGUAAAUUUCUAACCAGUUUUCACGUUUGCCACGUAGCAUUGUCAUGCAUUAUUAAUGAGUUGAAGACAAACUGUAAUUUGGAUACGAAACGGAACAUAAGUUUUACCAAAAUUAUUUUUUUAAUGAAUAUUUUUCAUUUAUGCCAAUUUUACACAUUUGCCACGUUAGUAUUGUCAUACAACGUUAAUUUUAUGAAGGCAAUAUGUAAGCUUGACUUAAAAAAAGUCAAAUUACCUUGGAUAACUUGUGUUAUAAACACAAGGGUUUUGAAAAUAAUCCCCUUUUUCUUCACUAGUAUACUGGCAUAUUUGUUUAUCGUGCAUGCAAAACUGUAUACAGCGGUUACCUCCCUUUGCCGUAUAGUAAUCCCUGCCACCAGCUCAUCAUAAAAACCAUGACGUGACAUCAUUCAAAGGUAUUGGUUCUGUCCUUGGAAACAAAGAAAAUGCUUUUCAACUUUAAAAACAACGCCUUUGAAUAAAAUGUUGAUAAAAUAUUUCAUAAAUAUGUGUAAAUUGAAACAAAACAACAAAAUAAAACUUUUUUAUUUGUUGUCUUGGAACGUGCAAAUUUUUGCGUAAAUAUCUGCAAACCAGUGAUAAAAGACUGCUGACAAACGAUCAGAUUGCACCUUAUCAUAUUUCCGUCUCAAAAAUGAUGUUAUAUGCAUUUUUCUUUAAGCGUUAGUAACGGUUUAAGCCAUAAAACAUUAAAUUUGGAAUGGAAAUAUGAAAAUCUGCGAUCUGAUCUUUUGUCAGCAGUCUUUCAUCACUGGUUAGCAUAUAUUUACGCAAAAAAUUAUGAUUCCAAGACAACAAAAAAAGUUGUCAAAACAGUAAAUCUGUGAGGGUGCAGCUUCAAAUCAUGAUUCUUAGCUAUUUCCGUAAGAGGUGGCAGUGGUCUUAACUGCUCGUCAAGGGAGAUCUUUACAUAGGAGAUCACGUACAUGUUAAUGUUUAUGGUAGUGAUAAAAGUAUGUAUAUUGAAUGUUUUCAGUCAUCUCCUUUAUGGUAUACAAUUGCUAAGGGUGUUAAUAAAUUACCUUAGCAAACAGUGUACGCUUGAGCUAGAAGGCUUGUACAAUUACGGUGAAAAAUGAUGUUCUGAAAUCAUAACAGUUGUUUGAAUGUUUAUACAAUUACUUCAAUAUACUUAUGCAUAUUUGAAAUAAACAAAAUUCAU